CUCAACUCUCGCCUACUCUCUUUCUCUCUUAUUCGCUUAAUCUCAAUAAGCAUGUUUCAUCAAAGACCAAGCUCCUCCCAUGGUGGCACACCAAGCAAACACCUUUCAUGGGGGUGCACAAUCUUUCUAGUGUUGGCCUUAACCACUGCAGUUUCAGGCUUAGCCUCAUCCUCCCACACCUCCACUGUCCCUAAAGCCUCUAUGGAAGCCAUUGUCUCUGCAGCUUGCAAAGCCACCUUCUACCAAACAGCAUGCCAGUCAGCUCUCCUCUCAUCCACCAAUGGCGCUGUCCCUCAAACCCAGGCCGACCUCUUCGAUCUUUCAGUGCAGUUCAGCCUCAACCAAGCGCGAUCAGCCCGUGCCCAUGUUCAUGAUCUCAUGCUGCUUGAUCACAAGACUCAGAUCGUUCGCGGCACCGAUGACUGUAUGGAGCUACUUGAUGACACUCUAGACCAACUCACCAACGUCGCGAACCGCCGCAAAACCCUAAUCGAAGAUCCCGACGACGUCCAAACUUGGCUCAGCGCUGCGCUGACCAACCAAGCUACAUGCCUGGAGAGCAUCCAGACUUACCAGACUGGAGGCCAAAAUGGUCUAAUGCGGCCCAUGGCACAAAAUUUGACCUACUCCAUCAGCAAUUCUCUAGCACUCCAUUUGUCCACAAGGCCAUCAAAGGAGGCACAAAGAACCAAUACCGCCGGCCACCACCGGAGGCUGCUGUCGGAUAGGUUUCCGGGGUGGGUGACGGCGGCGGAAAGGAAGCUUCUGGAAGCUUCUGUAGAGGAGAUUGGGGCCACUGCAGUGGUGGCCAAGGAUGGCAGUGGGACACACAAGACAAUUGGUGAGGCUUUAGCGAUGGUGGUCACAUUGGAGGGCGAGGGUAGAACCGUAAUUCACGUGAAAGCUGGGACUUAUGACGAGGGUCUUAAGAUCCCUACCAGCCAAAAAAACGUUAUGUUAGUAGGUGACGGGAAGGGCAAAACCGUCAUUGUGGGUCACAAAAGUGCCGCUGGCGGCUCCUCAACCUUCGGUUCCGCCACCGUCGGUGUGAUGGGCGAUGGAUUCAUUGUUCGGGACAUAACCAUUGUGAACGACGCGGGUCCGGGCAAGGGGCAGGCUGUUGCCCUUCGAGUCGGAUCGGAUCGAUCUGUGGUCUUCCGAUGCUCCAUUAUCGGUUACCAGGACACCCUCUACACUCUCUCCAAGCGUCAAUUCUACAGAGAGACUGAUAUAUAUGGGACCGUAGACUUCAUUUUCGGAAACUCCGCGGUUGUCUUCCAGAGCUGCAACCUUAACGCCAGAAAAAACAGCAAUAACAAUUUCGUGACGGCCCAGGGCCGGGAGGAUCCCAAUCAGAACACCGGAAUCUCGAUACAUAACUGCAAGAUCACGACAGAGGGGUCCACCACGUAUCUUGGCCGACCCUGGAAGAAGUAUUCCAGAACUGUGAUCAUGCAGUCAUACUUGGAUGGCUCAAUUCCCCCUUCAGGGUGGUAUCCCUGGUCUGGAAGCUUUGCCCUGAGCACAUUGUUUUACGGCGAGUACAUGAAUGGAGGGCCUGGGGCGUCAACGUCCGGGCGGGUCAAGUGGGGUGGGUACCAGGGUGAACUCACGGCCAGUGACGCUCAAGAGUUCACUGUUGGGGAAUUCAUAUCUGGGAACGCCUGGCUGCCCUCGACUGGGGUAUCUUUCGAUUCAGGGCUGAUUAAUUAGGGUAGGCCGUGAAGUAUAGGGCGCAUACUAGUCCAAAGAGGACAUGUUGGUCCUACAAUAUCGCAAUGUGUAUAUAUAUAUAUAUGUGUGUGUAGGUCGAAAGGCCAUUGUCCUGUUGUAUUAGCCUUAAGUUUCUUCUGACUUUUCUGCUUCUCUGGGUGUAGAUAUUAGGUGGUAUUAUCCAGUACAUGAAUGGUAUUAUCCACAUCUCUGCCUCCAUAUCCAAUUUGUCUGUGUGGGAUAGAAUUACUUUCCAGCGAUAAUGCAAAAUUGGGUGUUUUCAAUAUUGGA